CUUGUGGGAAUUCUUUUUUGAAAAUUAUUCUUGAAUUGACUACUGGAUUUUUUUUGAAGCUCAUAUUUUCCUUAAAAGGUUUAGAUAAAAUGGACAGCUUACGGAAAACAUCUGGGUCGAGGCAGUCUGAAACUACAGAUCCACGAAUACCAAUGGCUUGGCGUCAUCGUGAAAUGACUUUCAAUAACCCAUAUGCAAGAAGAGCUUCUUCACCUUCAGUCACUUCAUCAUCAUCAGAUGAUCGGGAAGAAAUUCCCAUUGUAAGACAGCACUACAGACCACUUAGUCGCCAUAGCAAUGUCGAAAGACAUGAAGAUCGUCUAGAUCACUAUGCUACCAUUCGCAAUGACAGACUAGAUCAUUUUUCAUCUGCCAGAAGUGAUAGAAUGGAUUCUUAUACUCACCGUACUACACCAGUUGAUAAUUAUUACCAUGGGCCAUAUCGAAAUUCUGCCAAUGCUUCAACAGGCACUUUGAGAUCUACACGAAGUGUACCAUCACUGGCUUUUGCAGCUGCAAUGGAAGCUCAAGAUCCCUGCCCAAUUCAUGGUGGCAAUCACGGGCCAAUGAGAAGACAUGGUUCUUUAUUUGACAUUCGAGCACCCUCAAUAGGAGGACCUUUGAGUAUUAGUGGUCUUGACAAAAAACAUUUUCACGGCUCCAAACAUUCCAUUAUAAAUGGCCAUCCUGCACCACACUUUCAAUUUCAUCCCGAUAUGCCACAGUUUUUACAGCCACACAUGAUAAAUCCGAUGAUGAGACCACCUCAUCAUCCUUUGGGAAUGCCUGUUAUUGUAGAGCCCAUUCCAAUGCGAGAUCCUUUCAAUAAAGGUAUGACCUUGCAUCGUGCAAAUGGAAAUGGAUACCCAGUAAAGGAACCAAUAGAUUCAUACAGUGUUGAACAAGUUUGCUGUAAAGGACACUUAAUAGUUUUGUGGAUCAUCUUAGGAGUUGUUACCGUAGGAGUAAUUCUUGGUAUAAUCAUGGGUGUAACAAUAACCUAGAAAGCAUACGAUUUUCAUAACUUCUAUAAUUAUGAUUACUGGGAUUAUUUAUCAGUGUUACUCACUUUGAUGUAUGUAUUCAUAAAAACAAGAUUGGAUUUCAGAUAUUUCUAGUUUAUUAAAAGGUGUAUUUAAACAAUUGCAACUGAGAAUCAAAUUACUUCAAUCUAUAAUAAAAUAUCUUAUUUAAUAACAUAUAAACUUUCUUUGUGGCAUUUUCAUUAAUACAAAAUAACUGUUUCAUACAGUAACAAUCAGAAUUAUAAACAUGAAUAAAUUUUCUUAAAUAAUCAUAUCUGCAAUGAAACAUCUUGUCAUGUAAUGAAUAUAAGGAAAAUAGAAGUUUAUAAACAUAGCAAAAUCGUACAAAUUAUUUUUUCUAAAUUUAAGAGUCAUAUCACCAAAAUCUUUUAAUAAUGAUGGAAAUGGAGAUUUCUUAGCAUACACUGAAUACAGUAUCUAUGAAAUUU